CAUCCCUAGACCUGAUUAUCUAAACAUUUUUUUUAUGUUAAAAUGCACGUUAACGCUAGAAUCUUAACUCAUAGAUUGGCGCAACAAUGCACCUUCAACCGGAUUGUCACAUUUUCCACUAAGCCGACACAGCAGGCUGCAGCAGUCGCAGUGCCGCAACAGCAAGAAGCAGCUGGUCCGCCAGUUCGAAAACCCAUCGUGCCUGCACACUAUCGCUUUGUCUAUCCAGAGUUUCUGCCCGAUCCCAAAGUGGAAUGGCGAAACUCGGUGCGCGAAAAGCUGGAACGUCUGGAUAUGCUAGACCGUCGGCGCCAAAUCGAACUACCCGAGUUCUAUGUGGGCUCCAUUCUGGCUGUGACCAGCUCUGAUCCCCAUGCGGCCGGUAAGACCAGCCGAUUCGUGGGCAUUUGUAUACACCGUGAACGCUGUGGACUUCGCGCUCGUUUUAUUCUUCGCAAUGUCAUCGAUCACCAGGGCAUAGAGGUAGUCUACGAGCUGUACGAUCCCACCAUACAGAAAGUCGAGGUAUUGCGUCUAGAGAAGCGUCUGGACGAUAGUCUAUUCUAUUUGCGCGAUGCACUGCCGGAAUAUAGCACAUUUGAUGAACACAUGGAGGCGGAAACGUUGGAAGAAGGAACUCCAGUGCCUGUCAACGAUAUAAAAGUAGUGUUGCGUCCACGACCCUGGUUGGAGCGCUGGGAACGGCAGAAUUUACGUGGCGUGGCAAACAUUGAUCAGUAUCUGAAGGACAAGCAUCGCAAGUCUGCCGCAAAAGUGCAAAAGCCUUGGGAAAAAUACGACCUGAUGAAGCAAUACCGCUCCACCAUUCCCGAAGAGGAACAAAAGGAGAUCUUUGCAGAGGUACACACCGAAUUGCAUACUUUGGAGCUGCAGCGUAAGCGCAACAAACGAAAACGUACCUUUGUGAAACCCAAGCAGUUGGCAUAGAUGCUCCAUGGCCCUGCAUUUGUUAUUCUAACUUGUAGUUUAAUAAAACCAAAAAUCAUAA